AUGGCCCCUUCACCACUCAUCAUGCUUGUGGUCAUUGCCACCAUCUUCCUCCCAUCCAUUGCUAUGGCCAAGGAAUUUGUAGUUGGGGAUGAUCAUGGAUGGACAAUAGGCUUUAAUUAUGCAGCUUGGGCUGCAGAUAAGACCUUUCAAGUUGGGGACACACUUGUAUUCAAUUAUGAUGCUGGAAAACACAACGUGUUCAAAGUGAAUGGAACAUUAUUCCAGAGCUGCACGGUUCCUCCAGCAAGUGAAGGAUUGCACACUGGAAGUGACAGUAUUGUAUUGGAAACUCCUGGCAGAAAAUGGUACAUAUGUGGUUUUGUUGGUCACUGCAAUGCUGGCCAAAAACUUGUUAUUACUGUUCAGCCCCAAAAUCUGCCUCCAACACCUGCACCUUCACCUCUUCAACAUCACCCUCAUUUUGGUGGAUGGGUGCCUAAGAAGCUAUUUAGAAUAUUUCAUUAAACUUCACUGUUGGUUUAACCUAUGCUUUGAGCGAUUGAUAUUCUUUUAUACGCUUGGGAGAGUGAUAUUAGUGCUUUGUUAGUACCGGAGGUCCUCAGAAUAAAUUAUUAUUGUUUCUAUUUCAAAGUUCAAAUUGUAAGUUUGUGAA